GCGCGCAGUGCAUCAUCGGCGGCGGUGCUGCCGUCGCACGCGCAUUUGAUCGUCAGGUGGUGCUGCAACUGUCCGACUAGUGAACGACCAGGUGCCGCCAGAUUACCGCUGCGUGCGUGUUGGAUUACUUGUUGGUGCCGCUGCUCCCCGGGUGGAUACACUGGCAGGCGGUAGGCCUGGGCCGUUGGUGACCUGACCUGGCCUGACCUGACCUGACCUGACCUGACCUGACCAGCGCCUGCCAGUCGUCAUGGCGGCGGUGACUGAGCAGCCCGAGUCGGCUGCAAAUCCCGUUUCCCUGCCCGGCCUGGAGUACCUCAGCACCGCGGACAAGCUCAUCCUCUCGCAGAAGGUCGAGCUAGCUGAGACGUUCGUCGGCUUCGAGACGGCCAACAAGUACACGGUGAAGAACGCCGCCGGCCAGCACGUCUACUUCGCCGUGGAGGAGAGUGGUGCUUGUAUGCGCAACUGCUGCAGCUACAUGCGGGCGUUCAACCUGCGCAUCCUGGAUAGCGCGAAGCGGGAGAUCUUGCAGAUGCGGCGGCCGUUGCGCUGCCAAGGCUGCUGUUACCCGUGCUACCUGCAGGAGCUGGAGGUGUCGGCCGGCGGCCAGGUUCUGGGCACUGUGCGCCAGGACUGGUCCGUGUUCAGGCCCAGCUUCAGCGUCUGCCUGCCUGACGGCACAACGGCCCUGAAGCUGCGCGGCCCCGCCUUCCGCUGGAUGUCCUGCUGCGGCACCGACUUUGACGUGCUCUCCGCCGACGGCGACGAGGAGGUCGGCUUCAUCACCAAGGUGUGGUCGGGUCUGACCAAGGAGCUCUUCACCGACUCGGACCGCUACGGCAUCGUCUUCCCUGACGACCUGGACGUCAACAUGAAGGCGACGCUGCUCGGUGCCGCCUUCCUCGUGGACUUCAUGUUCUUUGAGUCGAGCCUUUGCCGCGGCGACUGCGGCUGCUGCAUGAUAUGCUAACUGUGAUGCCUCGACGGCCGGGGGGUUCAUGGUUAAUGCGUGUUUUUAGUCGUUUCUGGUGUAUGUGACUGAAAGUUGUAUUUCACAUUCGGGUGCGUGCGAUGCAAGCGUCGGAAAAUUGUACAGGGGUUACGCCGAGCCGUCAUUGAUAUUGCACGAUUUUUCUUACCGCCUCCAAACCUAAACGCGGCAACUCAUGUAUAGAGGGGUACCAUCAGGCAGUGCGUAAAUACGUGAUGACGGUAUUUGAAUAACUCAUCUCCCUGAGCACUUGGCCGAGACGCAUUAUGGAAGUCAUAACUUGCGGGUAAAUUAAUAUUACUGAGGCAUUAUCUGCGUAUGGUUUGGUAGGACGCUCUGCUCGGUUUCAUGCAUCUCCGAAAUGAAUUCGAUCUCCAGGUUAGUCGCCGAAGUACGUUUAAAGCUUGCCGAAAACGUUGCAGUGGUGGGCGCUCUGCGCUGUCUUCGGACGAAGUGGAGGACCAUCUGAGCACAAUCUGCAGCUAGGACACGCGUGUAGUGUUUGAGCCACACUUGCUCUGAGCUGGCCUGACGGAGCUCAGCGUUGUGCCAUCUCGAUCCGCCCAGACCUGUGGGGCGUAGACGACGCUGGGUGUCGUGCUGAGACUGGCGCGGUUCCGUUCUGCGUGCGUGCGUGGUGUGGCCGUGUCGCAGUGACCUUCGCGACUUCACAAAAGCAUUGCAAUGCGCUCCGAAUGUUGAGAGUGAUCUAUGUUGUAUAGUUACGUUUAUGCUGACUAGAAGUAAAUCAAUGAAGACAGUUUUGCUGCUGAAAAAUCAUUUUAGUUCUCUUUAAUAUGACAAGAUGGUAUGGCAGUAAAAAGGAUACAUUCUUCUGCAAUGUAUUAGCGAUUACGCGCAGGGUAUUUUGGCGUGUUAUAAUACUUAACACAGUAGCCCUGAACACCAUUUCCCCUGUAUCAUGAUCUGCCCUGAAAAAAAUAACUCGUACACAACAUCUUGGAAUGAAAACUGUAUUGGCUUUGUAUGUAUACCAACGACCGGCAUGUCAUGGUAGGGGGAGCUGCAAGCAUCUGGGCACGCGCAGUGAAGUUUGAAAAAUGAGUCACGCCAAUUGGAAACAAUGCAAACUUGUGUUGCUACUUGUGUUGCCACUUGUAUUAUACGGCCUUGGUUGCCACGCUCUUUGCUGCUCCGUCGUAGUCAUCUGUUGGGUGAUAUUGCCGCUAAUGUAAUUCCGUCGCAUGAAAAACUCAAGGCCUUCUCAACGCACUGUCUGUCACAACCGGAUGUAUU